UAAUUUAUUUUUAAUUGAGUUGCACAGUUGUAGUGACUCCAUCGUCCCAAUUGUAAAAGUUAAAUUUCAGAGCCAAAAAAAUAAAAUAAAAUAAAAAACCCUUCUUCGAUGUUAUCGAACUCAGUCUAAAACCCACGAAAAUUAUACAAUUUGUUCACAAAUAGAAACAGAGAAAAAUCACUGAAAAUUAAAAUCAGAGAUCAUAAAUCACGAUGUUGAAUUCAUCAUGCAAUGUAGUAAGUGAUAAAAUUCAAUCUUUUACUCAAUGCAGUUUCUGGGGUUCUCCCAAAAUCCUCCCUAACUUGAAUCGUCGCCGAAACGUUUCUUUUCCGUGCUCGAAACGCCCUGAUCUGUCUGUUUCUGUUUCAACGACGAGUAACAAUGGGCUUACCCAAACUGAAAACGGGUCGGGUUCGAUCGGGUUGGCGGACCGUCUCCGGUUAGGAAGCUUGACUGAAGAUGGGUUGUCUUAUAAGGAGAAUUUUAUUGUGAGGAGUUAUGAAGUUGGGAUUAAUAAGACUGCUACUGUUGAAACUAUUGCUAAUCUUUUACAGGAAGUGGGAUGCAACCAUGCACAAAGUGUUGGAUUUUCAACUGAUGGAUUUGCAACAACCCCUACCAUGAGAAAGCUUCAUCUCAUAUGGGUGACUGCCCGCAUGCACAUUGAGAUAUACCGAUAUCCAGCCUGGAGUGAUGUAGUUGAGAUAGAGACGUGGUGCCAAGCCGAAGGAAAAAUUGGGACGAGGCGUGAUUUCAUUCUUAAGGACUAUGCAAAUGGUGAAGUUAUUGGAAGAGCUACUAGUAAGUGGGUGAUGAUGAACAUGGAUACAAGAAGGUUGGAGAGAGUUACUCCUCAAAUUGGCGAGGAAUAUUUGAUAUAUUGCCCAAAAGAGCUUCGAUUAGCAUUUCCUGAGCCAAACAACAAUAGCUUGAAGAAAAUAUCAAAGCUGGAAGAUCCUGCUCAAUAUUCAAAACAAGGGCUGGUGCCCAGAAGAGGUGAUCUGGACAUGAACCACCAUGUAAAUAAUGUAACCUACAUUGGAUGGACUCUGGAGAGUACCCCUGAAGAACUCGUGGACACUCAUGAGUUGCGAAGCAUCACCUUGGACUAUAGACGAGAGUGUCAGCGUAAUGAUGUUGUAGAUUCUCUCACAAGUGCCGAACCAAUAAAAUUAAAUGAAUCCAUAUUACAGAAUGGAACAAAUGGAGCUCCCACAUCAACUAAAGACGAAAAUGAUAGUGUUCAGUUCUUGCAUCUGUUGAGAUUAUCUGCUGAUGGGUCCGAAAUCAACCGAGGACGCACUGAAUGGAGAAGGAAGCCUCAGAGACAAUGAUCAUUCUUUUCUUGCUUCUUUUCAUGUUUAUUUUCAGUAUACCCUAGUUAUUGAGGUUGAUUUUGCAUUUAUAUUAUUUUGCGUUCUUUUUGCACUUGAUAAAUAUUUUGAUUUCGUCGUAGAAUCAGGAAGAACACUAGCCCUCUGCCGGCCCAAUUAAAUUUGUAUGUAGUAUUUGCCUAUUUGGUGCAAUUUAUAGUACUGUUUUCUUCAUCAUUUGGGAAUUUGGUUAUAAACAUGAGUUUCCUUUGCCAGCA